GCAUAUUGUGCACUCAAUUUGUUUUCAUCACUUUACUUAUUGCAAGUUGUAGCUCUAGCCCUUCAGCUGUCACCUUUUGUCGUGGUGUUUUUUUCUCCAAUGUCGUGGUUGCUCCACUUCUCCGGCUCUCUUCUCCUUCCCUUCUCGCAUGUCUGAUCCAUCGCCGCCGCCGCCGCCGUCGUCGUCGUCCUAUCUGCAUGGAGGUGUCCCGCAUGGCCAACUGCAGCAACGUCUCCUCCCCUGAGCAGCAGCCGCCGCCGCCGUCGACGGCGCCGCAGCUCGACUACGACGUGGUGGUGAUCCUGGCGGCGAUGCUGUGCGCGCUGGUGUGCGCGCUGGGGCUCAACUCGAUGCUCCAGUGCGUCGUGCGGUGCACCCGCCGCGCCGUGGCCGACCCCGUCGGCUGGGUGGAGCACCGCCGCGCCAGCGCGGGACUCAAGCGCGAGGACGUCGUCGCGCUGCCCGUCGCCACGUACGUCGCCUCGCCGGCGCCGGCGCCGGCCGCCGGCGCCGGGUGCGCCAUCUGCCUGUCGGACUUCGCCGACGGGGAGAGGGUCCGGCUGCUCCCGGCGUGCGGGCACCGGUUCCACGUCGUGUGCAUCGACAGGUGGCUCGUGGCGCACUGCUCCUGCCCCACGUGCCGGCGGCGCCCCUCGCCGGAGGCCGACGCCACCGCCGUCGGACGAGGCCACCAUCACCUGCAAGUUUUGACUGCUGCAUGAUUAACAGGCUAAGCUUUUGUCACUAGAUCAUUGCAUCGUUGUAUGUUCGAUUAUAUAUGAGCCAUGCAUCAUCCCGUGAUUAGCUUGUAUCAUGGGCUCAUGGCUGAUGGUUUUACCUUGCCAUCUUGAGAGUGAGUAACUUUUAUUUUCCUCUAAAAUGAUCCUGAAUUAUAGCUGCUUUUAUGUAUUGUUACACUGCAUAAUGCAGUGCUGAUCAUUUAUCAAUGAUCAUUAAAACUGGCAAUAUCAGUUAUGUGGUAAAGUGGGCACUAGCCAUUAUCUAAGACUUGUGUGGAAUAGAAUCAGAAAACA